AUGUCACGUCCGCAGGGCCCCUCAAGAAAUGGCGGGGAGAGAGUCGCGACCUCGCGGUUUGUGGAAGACGACGACGUGACAGACGACUUCGUCGCUCCGCCGGGAGACGCUGUCCGCGGUGCGAAGCUUUUCAAGAAGCACUGCGCGCAAUGUCACUCGAUCUUUCCCGACGGCCGACAUCUGAUUGCGGGCAACACCUCCUGGGGACCGACCCUCUGGAAUGUGUACAUGAGAACAGCAGGUGUUGAGAAGGACUCCGCCUGCUCGCCAAUCAGCGCGCACAUCACCGAUUCGGGAGUCGUGUGGAACGACGCCAACCUCAUGCGGUACAUGAAGAACCCGAAGAUGUUCAUCAACGGCGUCGUCGGCAUGAACUUCUUCGGAAUUAGCAACUUCCAAGACCGAGUGGACAUCCUGCACUAUCUUCGCACACUGACGUGGUCGCAUCCGAACGGCAAGAAGAUCCUCGAUAUCAUGUCUUCAGAGAACGGACCGAAAGCAUGA